AUGCCGGGCGGGAGCCGUAGCCCUUGUUGCUCCGGGGCGAGCCCGGGGCCCCGUGUUCUCCAUGGCCUUAGUGGAUGAUUGGCCUCCAUUCAGAUGCAGGAGGAGCGGCAUGAGAUACUCUGCACGAAAAAUUUUUCCUUAAUCUGUUACAUUGUUGAUAAGGAUUCAUUUUUCUUAUUUUGAUAUUGGCACAAUUUGGGUGUUUAGCUUUUGUGAGGGAUACGAAAAUACUGAACCCAGCUUUGAGGCCUGAGGAAGUGAGGAAUUUUGUUGUCAGAGAAUAACAGGAGGUUGUCCAUAAUUGCCUUUAAGCAGCAAACAGUAAAACACUGAGCUCUUCAGCUCCGCCUUUCUUGCUCUGAGAAUUGGAAAGCCAAGAAGGUUUUGAUGUUUUGUGUGGCGCCUCCUGAAUUAGAAACCAAGAUGAACAUAACCAAAGGAGGCCUCGUGUUGUUUUCAGCAAAUUCCAAUUCAUCGUGUAUGGAGCUUUCAAAGAAAAUUGCUGAGCGGCUGGGGGUGGAGAUGGGCAAAGUGCAGGUUUACCAGGAACCUAACAGAGAAACAAGAGUUCAAAUCCAGGAGUCUGUGAGAGGAAAAGAUGUAUUUAUCAUCCAAACCAUCUCAAAGGACGUGAACACCGCCAUCAUGGAGCUCCUGAUCAUGGUAUAUGCAUGUAAGACCUCAUGUGCCAAGAGCAUCAUCGGAGUGAUCCCCUACUUUCCUUAUAGCAAGCAAUGCAAGAUGAGAAAAAGGGGCUCCAUUGUCUCAAAAUUGCUGGCUUCUAUGAUGUGCAAAGCUGGUCUGACUCAUCUCAUCACUAUGGAUUUACACCAGAAGGAAAUCCAGGGCUUCUUCAAUAUUCCAGUGGAUAAUUUAAGAGCCUCCCCCUUCCUGUUACAGUAUAUUCAAGAAGAGAUCCCAGAUUAUAGGAAUGCAGUCAUCGUGGCCAAGUCUCCAGCCUCGGCCAAGAGGGCACAAUCUUUUGCAGAGCGUCUGCGUCUGGGAAUCGCAGUGAUCCAUGGAGAAGCACAGGAUGCUGAGUCUGACUUGGUGGAUGGCCGGCACUCCCCACCAAUGGUCAGGAGCGUAGCUGCCAUCCACCCCAGCCUGGAGAUCCCAAUGCUGAUUCCUAAAGAAAAGCCCCCAAUCACAGUUGUCGGUGAUGUCGGAGGAAGGAUCGCCAUCAUCGUGGAUGACAUUAUUGACGAUGUGGACAGCUUUCUUGCUGCAGCAGAGACCCUGAAGGAGAGAGGUGCAUAUAAGAUCUUUGUGAUGGCAACUCAUGGCUUGUUAUCCUCUGACGCUCCCCGGCUGAUCGAAGAGUCUGCCAUUGAUGAGGUGGUGGUCACUAACACAAUCCCACACGAAAUCCAGAAGCUGCAGUGCCCCAAGAUCAAGACUGUGGACAUCAGCAUGAUCCUCUCAGAAGCCAUCCGCCGAAUUCACAACGGGGAGUCCAUGUCCUACCUUUUCAGGAACAUAGGCUUAGAUGACUGAACAGUUCUCCUAUGGCAGAACUCCCCCAGGUCAAGUGGGCAGGCCAGCAUGUGUGCUGGGAGGGCCCAGCCUGGUCAGAUAUACUUCCCCCCUCCCCACUUCUUCCUGACUGAUUCCUGUGAAGGUACAAGGACCAGCCUUUUAAUGUUGGUUUAGGUUUUUGUGAGUUUUGGGGGUAAUUUUUAUAACAGAAAGACCUCCUCUUAAAUAAAAGAAAUUAAACCUGAUCAUUUUUAGUGUAACCCUUUUAAAUAAUACACUUGAAUGAGAUUUUUAAGCUCAGCCUUUUUUUAAAGUUGCUUGAUCCAACUGUUCAAAAAAGUUAAAUAAAAUGAUCUGCUGUCUACUACCUAUAGUCAAAAAGCUACUGUUGGUUCCAAUACAUGACCUUUUUAGAAACGCUUCUAUAAACGGGCAUGUAGAGUAUGUGGCUGUAUUUAUUUUCUGCAACUAAAGAAAGAAUAAAACCUCAUAUUUGUUUUUUAAA